CGGGGGGAAGAUGGAGGCGGCCGUUUGCCGCCUUCGCGGGAGGGAGAAGCGGCUGUUUUGCCCUCGUUCCUGCUGGGCGGUUGGCGAAGCCUCAGCGUUAUGUUUGCCAGUCAGCUCAGCUGACAUGCGGCGGAGGGGGAAACUGAUGGCGCCGGACGCCACCCGUGCAUCUUGUUUUCCCUCGGAAAUGUUGUUUUGCCCAUUAAAUAAUUGAAAAUGCCUGUAGUUUUGGCAACGACGCUGGCCCAGGCCUGGCUGGCUGUUGAUGGAAAAUGCCCUCGCUGUGGACAGAGGCCGGUGGCUGGAGUCUACAACGUUCCUGUGAGGUCGCAGUUCAUUGACGGGGCUCAGCUGCGUGCUCCUGGGAACCCCAAAAGAGCCUGCUGGGCCAGACCUCUUCUCCUCCUAGUCAGGUUGGCUCCCGCUAAGAAGUCAGUGAGGAACGAGUCAGGGUCACGCCAGCAGGAGCCACCAGAAGAAGAAAAAUUACGGUGUUGAAUAAAUUCCACGUUGUUAUUUCCUGACUGCAACGCCUUUGGCCUGUGGCUUCAUCAGGAAAAAACGUGUCAGGAACAGGAAAUAACAAUGCAGAAUUUAUUUAACACCAUGGUUUUCCUGUGUUGGCACAAUAGCCUGCUGUUUACUCAGAAGCCAGGGUUGUCAGCGUCCAGGUAGUAGCUGAGGUUCUCCAGAUGACAGAGAUCAGUUUCCCAGGAGAAAACAGCUGCUUUGGAAGUCUAUAUAUGCCCCCUCCUGAAACCCCACCCUUCCCCAAAUUUUCAGGUAUUUCUCAACCUGGAGCGGGCAACCAUAGCAACAGCACAGCAUAGGGGCUCACGACCUCUUGGCACCGUGUGUGUGUGUAAAGUGGUGUUUAAGGAUCUCCAGGAAGAGUUUUUCCUCUACAAAGGACGCCACAAUGGAUUUGGCAUAUGUCUGCGAGUGGGAGAAACGGCCAAAGAGCAACCAUUGCCCCUCCAUCGCGCUUGUCUGCGCCUGGUCCUGCCGCAACUUGAUUGCUUUUACCACGGACCUAAAAAAUGAGGAGGAAAAAGACCUCACCCACAUGAUCCACAUGAUUGACACGGAGCAUCCGUGGGAUGUCUAUUCCAUUAAUUCUGGACACGUGGAGACGAUCACCUGCUUGGAGUGGGACCAGUCAGGGUCUAGGCUUCUGUCUGCAGAUGCAGACGGCCAGAUCAAAUGUUGGAGCAUGAUGGACCACUUGGCCAACAGCUGGGAGAGCACCGUGGGCUGCAGUGUGGAAGGAGAUCCUAUCGUGGCCCUCUCCUGGCUACACAAUGGGGUGAAGUUGGCACUGCACGUGGAGAAGUCUGGAGCGUCGAAUUUUGGGGAGAAGUUUUCCCGGGUCAAGUUCUCCCCAUCGCUGACCUUGUUCGGUGGGAAACCCAUGGAGGGUUGGAUUGCAGUCACCAUCAGCGGCUUGGUGACAGUCUCACUCCUCAAGCCGAACGGGCAGGUCCUGACGUCCACAGAGAGCCUGUGCCGCUUGCGUUGCCGCGUAGCUCUGGCAGAUAUUGCCUUCACGGGCGGUGGCAAUAUUGUGGUAGCCACCUCAGAUGGCAGCAAUGCCUCCCCGGUCCAGUUUUACAAGGUCUGCGUCAGCGUGGUCAAUGAGAAAUGCAAGAUUGACACGGAGAUCCUUCCUUCGCUUUUCAUGCGCUGCACCACGGAUCCAGCUCGCAAGGACAAGUACCCGGCUAUCACCCACUUGAAAUUCUUUGCUCGGGAUAUGUCAGAGCAGAUCCUUCUCUGUGCCUCCAACCAGAACAACAGCAUAGUGGAAUACUGGUCGCUACGCAAAGAGGGUUUGCCAGUUAACAACAUCUUCCAAAAGCUGUCCCCCAUAGUGGGGGACAAGCCACCAAUGAUCCUGAAGUGGCGGAUCCUUUCGGCCACCAACGACUUGGAUCGGGUCUCAGCCGUGGCAUUGCCCAAGCUGCCCAUUUCCUUGACCAACACGGACUUGAAAGUGGCAAGUGACACCAAGUUCUUCCCUGGGUUGGGCCUUGCUCUUGCCUUCCAUGAUGGCAGUGUUCACAUCAUUCACCGCCUCACACUUCAGACUAUGGCGGUCUCCUAUGGUUCCCAGCGCCCAGUUGAUGAGCAGGCCAUCAAGAGACAGAGGACAGCAGGUCCCUCAGUCCACUUCAAAGCUGUCCAAAUGUCGUGGACAUCUCUGGCACUGGUUGGAAUUGACAGCCAUGGCAAGCUGAGCAUGCUCCGGAUCUCCCCUUCCAUGGGCCACGUCCUGGAUAUGAGCCUGUCUCUCCGCCAUUUGCUCUUCCUGCUGGAGUACUGCAUGGUUACUGGCUAUGACUGGUGGGACAUCUUGCUCCACGUCCAGCCCGGGAUGGUCCAAAACCUGGUGGAGAAGUUGCAUGAGGAAUACAUGCGCCAGAAUGCAGCCCUGCAGCAGGUUCUCUCCACACGCAUCAUCGCCAUGAAAGCUUCCCUGUGCAAGCUGUCUUCCGCCACAAUGGCCCGGGUGUGUGACUUCCAUGCCAAACUCUUCCUGAUAGCCAUCAGCUGCACCUUGAAGUCGCUCCUCCGCCCCCCUGUCCUGAACACCCCUGACAAGAGUCCUGGGGACCGCCUCACCGAGAUCUGCUCCAAAAUCACUGACAUUGAUAUUGACAAGGUGAUGAUUAACCUGAAGACGGAGGAGUUUGUCCUGGAAAUGACCACCCUGCAGUCGCUCCAGCAGCUGAUCCAGUGGGUGGGCGACUUUGUCCUCUACCUCCUCGCCAGCCUGCCAAAUCAGGGAUCCGGCCCGGUCCGCCCGGGUCACAGCUUCUUGCGUGAUGGAGUGUCUCUGAGCAUGCUCCGUGAACUGAUGGUCAUGAUCCGGAUUUGGGGACUCCUGAAGCCCAGCUGCCUCCCCAUUUACACAGCCACUUCGGACACGCAGGACAGCAUGUCUCUGCUCUUCCGCCUUCUAACCAAGCUGUGGAUUAGCUGCCGUGACGAGAACCACCCCAGUGAGCCGGACGAUGCCCUGGUUGACGAAUGUUGCCUCCUGCCCAGCCAGCUGCUCAUCCCCAACAUUGGCUGGCUGCCUGCCAACGACUCGAUCAUCAGCAAGCUGCAGAACAAGCAGCCCCUCCGCCUGCUGUUUGGGAAGCCCCCAGGACUGAUGGGUCACACUGCCUUGCUGCAGUUUGACACCUUUGCCAGGGCACCUGGGCAGCCCAAAAUCGACCAUUUGCGCCGGCUUCACCUUGGGGCGUAUCCUACGGAGGAGUGCAAAUCCUGUACCAGGUGUGGCUGUGUGACAAUGCUCAAGUCCCCGAACAAGGCAACGGCCGUGAAGCAGUGGGAGCAGCGGUGGAUCAAAAACUGCCUCUGCGGCGGCCUGUGGAGGAAGAUGCCUCUCAGCUACUCGUGAUGCCUCUCCCUAUGGGGAAGGAGGGAGAGAAGCGGGAUUGAUGAAACUGCCGCCAUUCCAGAGCACUACAAGAGGCUGGCCGCGGCUUGCAAGGGGCUGAAAAGAAGGCAGAGAACAUGGAGAGUUAGACACUGUUGUGGCUUACUUGUGUGUGUUGGGGGGUGAGCAAGAAGCCAGCAAACAGCAGAAGUGACAGGUAGAAUGGCCAACUCCUCCCCCCUCCCUCUCUGUAACAUGAUCUUGUGCCUCUAUCCAAAAAUGGCUGCAAUCCAAUACUGGCAAUUCUGGGUCGGGCUAGCCUCCAUCUUGUGCAGAAAGAAGCAGUAGAAUUCAGGAACACAGGCUGAGUUUUCUGCAUGUUUCCCUUCUCUUCACAACCCUCUCUGCAUGUGGUGAACUAGCACACCAGGAAGGGGGUAGUCCUUCAAACCUUUCUUCCUGGUGUGCUCUCUCAGCCUUUAUCACAGUUCAUGCUUUAUAUGUGCCUCUGUGGGAUUUCUCCCCCAGCUCCCUGAGUCGAGGAGCGGUUUUGCCUAGUACAGCCCCACUCCCCCAAAAUCACCAGUUCCCGUGGAAUGAUUCCCCCAAUAUCCUCUGUGUGUGCUUCUUCCCUCUCCUACCCCUGUCGUGUUUAUGGUGGCUUCACUGCCGAUGCUCCUCCUUGCAUAAGCCCAGUUUUUCAUGCCUGCCUCCCUCCUGAUGUUUGUCCUGGCCCCUGUUGCCACAAGCACACACCCCCUCCUCAGAAGGAAGGCCGUCGACAGGAAACACAAAAAACGAGCAGGAAAGACAACAGAUUCCUCAUAGUGGAGGAGGGGGAGGGGAAAGGGUCUGGGCUACUGUUGGGUUGUUGUUUGUUUUGAAAAUCACGUUUGGAAUGGAAUGAUUUUUUAACAAAUUCCUCCGGGAAA